AUGGCAAUGGACAUCAUUGAGGUCAGCCUCCGUCAUAGGCAUUUGUUUCGUUUUGAAAACGAAACAAAUGCCUAUUCUUUACUCGGUUUUCUAUUCUAUUCAUUAGUAGUACCCUUAUCUAACAAACGUGAUUAUUGGUCAUCAUUCUGUCGGCAAUCGAUAGUUGCGGAUGUCAUUACACGCGAUCGAAUAAUGUAUUUAUUAUCAAUACUUCAUUUCCAUGAUAAUUCAAUUGAAAAACAUAAAUCUGAAAAGGUUGAACCAAUCUUACGUUACUUCAAUGAACGAUGCAAACUAAUUGUCGAACCAGAGAAGAACUUGUCGAUUGAUGUGCAAAUGAUAGCUUAUAAGGGAACAACAACACCAACAUCCUUCCGGCGAUACAUGCCAAAGAAACCUACCAAGAGAGGUUUCAAAGUCUGGACUCGAUGUGAAGUAUCAGCUUUUGUCUAUGAGAUGAUCUUGUACUGUGGUGCAUCGAAACCUGUGUCCAGUGCGUCAGUUCUAUCUGACUCAUCAUUGAAACGUGCUUCUCGUCGGCCAACAACAACAACAUCCAACGAUGUUAAGUCAGUUAAUGCACAGCGUGAAAGACCUCUCAAGCAAUAUGGGUCCUCGGGACUCGUAGUGCUCGAUUUGAUCAGAAAUGUUCCUGCUGGCUCUUCGAUAUUUGUCGACAAUUACUUCGCAUCUACUAAAUUAAUUAAAAAAAUGACUCAACUG